AUGUCUACGAAAUUACCAGAAUCCGUCACCAAGUUGUUAAACUCGACAAGAUAUGUUCACUUGGCAACUUGUUUGGAUAAUAUUCCCCAUGUAUCGUUAAUGAACUAUACCUACUAUCACGGGAAUGAGGACUACAUUAUUAUGACCACUCCCAAAGGAACAACAAAGUACGAAAAUAUGGUGGCAAAUCCCAAUGUUUCAUUAUUGUUACACGACUGGAUGGCCGCAAAAACUACCUCCGAAGACACUAGUGAAGCUACAGGCAAAAGAAGAAAUUCGUUGUAUGAAUUCUUGACAAACUUGAACAAAACAGAAAUCAGCAGGGUUUCAGUCAUGAUUAAUGGGAGGGCUGAAGAACUAUCGGUGGAUGCCGAAAAGCACAACUUCUUCAAGUCCUUACACUUGAAUAACAGCUCAAUUGACGAGGUUCAGGCCGAAAACUACAUCAAGGAUGGCAAUACUGCGCUUUUCAUCAUCAAAAUUGACCUAUGUAAGGUCACAGACACCGAAAACAAUGUCGAGGAAUACUAA